UCUUCCAAAGAGGAGAGAGGGAGAGCAGAGUCUGCAGUGCCAGAGAAAGAGGGCAGUGUGUGUCACUGGAGGACUGGACUUGUCCACAGGAUCUGUAAGCUUGGAGGGGGGAGGAUAUUUCACCCACCCAGAGACUAUAUGAAUAAUCAGACAGAGGAAGGCAUUGAGAUACUGCAGCUGGAAGUGUAUCCAUGGGAAGUUAUCAAGACGUGGAAGGACUGAAUUAUGUCAUCAAUUUCAAAGAAAGGAAAAGCCCACUGGCUUCAAGUCAGAAGAGUGGUGUUAACGCAGACAGCUGCUGACUGAAUUGACAGAGCAUAGUACUACCUUCUCCAAUUUGAUUUUUAACAUAGAAUUUUCCUGUACAAACCACCGAUGGGGAGAGACGGCUGUGAAAUUUUUCUUGGGUACAGAAUGGGACUUCUUGGGUUGGAGUUGGUUCUUUUAUGGGCAUCGUCCGCUCUAGCUGCCAUCCCGGCUGUACCCUGGAAGGUUGCAUGUCCGUCACAAUGUGUUUGCCAGAUACGCCCCUGGUACACUCCAAGGUCAGCUUAUAGAGAAGCCAAUACUGUGGACUGCAAUGACCUGUUUGUUUCAGAAGUUCCAGGUGGCCUUCCAGCAGGAACUCACACUCUUCUUCUCCAAAGCAACAAUAUUGCACACUUGGAGCAGCAAGAAUUAGGCUACCUUAAAAACCUAACAGAGCUUGACUUAUCCCAGAACAGUUUCUCAAGCAUUCAAGACUUCAAUGCAAGACACCUGCCUCAGCUAGUCAGCCUUCAUCUUGAAGAGAACCAAUUAUGUCAGUUGCCUGACCAUAGCUUUUCUGGACUGGAGAGUCUGGAAGAGUUGUAUCUUAACCACAACCAACUGUCAUACAUCUCCCCCAAAGCCUUUUCUGGCCUGCAACAUCUGCUUCGUCUGCACCUCAAUUCCAACCUACUGACAAGUCUAGAUAACCGUUGGUUUAGGGAGUUGCCAGCUCUUGAAGUAUUAAUGGUAGGCGGAAACAAAGUGUGCUCCAUCCAGGAUAUGAAUUUCCAUCAACUUUCGAACCUUAGAAGCCUUGUCUUGGCUGGUAUGGGACUGAAAGACAUAUCGGACUUUGCUCUUGAAGGGCUAGUAAACUUGGAAAGUCUCUCUUUCUAUGAUAAUAAACUGGUAGAGGUUCCCAAGAAAGCUCUACAGAGGGUGACAAGCUUGAAGUUUUUGGACCUCAACAAGAACCCAUUAAGCAUCAUUCAACAAAAAGACUUUGCUGAUAUGGCCCAGCUUAAGGAGCUGGGAUUAAACAGCAUGGAAGAACUGGUAUCAAUAGAUGAACUGGCACUUAUAAACCUACCAGAACUCACUAAAUUAGAAGUCACAAACAAUCCUAAACUUUCUUUUAUCCAUCCAAGAGCUUUUCAAAAACUGCCUCGCAUGGAAACACUUAUGCUUAACAAUAAUGCUCUAAGCUCUCUACACAGGGAGACUGUAGAGUCACUUCCUAACUUGCAGGAAAUUGCAAUGCAUGGAAAUCCAUUGCGAUGUGACUGUGUUAUUCGUUGGGUAAAUGCCACUGCCCCCCAUGUCAGAUUCAUGGAACCUCAAUCAACACUAUGUGCAGAGCCUCCAGAAUUACGUCGCACACAGCUUCGACUAGUUCCUUUUCGAGAAAUGAGUGACCGUUGUCUGCCCCUUAUCCCUGUCCCAACCUUCUCACCUAGGGUACGGGCUUCCAGUGGACAGAGUGUAACCUUACACUGUCGAGCACUGGCAGAACCUGAGCCACAGAUAUACUGGGUCACACCUUCUGGAGAGCAGUUAGGAGUAUCUGCAGAGUGGGGUGGCUAUAGGGUAAAAGAGGAGGGGACGCUGGAGAUACAGGUAGUGUCAUCAGCUCACGCAGGACUAUACACUUGUGUAGCACAAAAUUUGGUGGGAGCUGAUUACAAGAGUGUCCAUCUAAUGGUAAACCAGCUAUACCCAUCUAGAGAUGACCCUGUCCAAUUACGAGUGGGGGAAGUAGGUGAACGUCAUUUGUUGCUAUCUUGGAUUCCACCUCUCAAUGCACUAGGAUGCAGCUUACGAUGGAGCUGCUUAACCCCAGGUGCCAGUGUGGAAAGGGCAAGGCUACCCGUGGGACGAAAUUCUUACAAUGUCACCAGACUCCUGCCAGGAGAGGAAUGCAGGGUAUGCCUGCGGGUAUCUAUUUUGGGAGGCCGGGUGAAAACGGCAUGUGCCAGUGCCAGGACUAGGGAAAGUGGCACAGGCUAUAGAUAUAGAGGACAAAGAGCGCUGUUGGCACUUGUUUUCUGCUUCCUGCUCAUUUUAGUUGGGUUACUUGCACGCUAUCAUCAUGGUACCAGAUCUGCUGCCUUUUCUUCAUGGGCUCACUCUGGAAGAGUUAUCUACCCACCAGUCAUACACCAGUGGGACCAGAGCAAAAAGGAAGAGCACCUGUCAAGCAUUAAUGUUCCAGCCACCAGUCUGUGCUAAUGAACCGUAAACAAAGUUGCGUCAGAGACUGUCACCCAGACAAAAGGAGAAAAGCAGAGAUCAAGAUGUGCAAGCAGUGCCUUGGGAGAGAGUGAAGAGGGGGAGAAAGCCUUAAAAUCUCCAAGCAGAGGCAACAAGGCAAACUAGCUAUGUGGGCACAAAGACUUGUACAGAUACAAGUGCACCCAAAAAUACAUGAUUAUUUACAGAGAACUAUAUCUACAAAGAGAAAGAGAAAAUGGAAUACAUAUGGGUACAUGUAUACAGGAGCUAGCUGCACAUGCACAGAUAAAUACUCAUUCUGUACCUCUACAACACACAUUCAAUACACAUACAUGUAUAAAUCUUCUUAUUUGCCAACGUGUACAAAUACAUACACAAAGACAUCUUGCAAACUUUAAACAUGUCAAUCACAUGCCUGUACACUGUGCUACAGGUGAACUGUGAUGUUUGUGCUACACAAAUGCUGUGAUCUUUUGCUGUGAUUAUAUCCCUUCACUUUUCCUGUAAUCCUUAAGUUGCAAUUCUUGGGGUGAAUACUUUGAAGAACAGAUCAUACAUUAUCCAAUGGUAUGGGACAGCUAGAUGGUGGGAACAAAAGUACCCCAAUUGUGAACUGCACCCCUGAGAAAAGCAGUAUCCCUCCCUUUAUGCCCAGUUUAAUAGGAAGCAGGUGAAGCAGGAUCCACUGUUAGGCUUUGACAACUUGGAACAAAAGGGAAGUCUGAAGACUUGGCAGAUCUAGCCGUUAGGCAGCAAUUGCCUUUACAGCCUUCCCAGAUCUAAUGUACAAUUGUGAUUGUUAUAAUAAAGCUAUGAGAAGCAUUUAUAAUUGUCAA